AUGCCCCAUACCUCAGUUGCCGAACAAGUCGAGCGUGAGGAAUAUAUUAAAAAACUGGAGGCACGCAUCCAAGCGCUCGAAAAGAAUCUUCCUUCAAACAACAAUCAACCUGCAUCUAAAUCAUCCAGCGUACCACUCGAUUUCUCUGCCGACGACCUGGCUGCCCAACUGAGUGUCAUCACCAUCGGCCAACGAGUACGCUGUCCAACCGGCCUCAAGCAACCACCUCACCCCCUGCGCACUCAGUUUGAAUCCAUCCUCGCCUCUCAAUCCAAGAUCCCCCCCAUCACCUUCAUCCAGCCAGAACAGCAAUUCUCCCUCGACUUGGUAGCAAGAUAUUCGAUCCCACCCCUCAAAGAACUCUGCUCAGAAUGUCUACCCCCCAGAUCUCAAAUCGAUUUCUUAGCAGAAUACUUCUUCAGCACCCUCAACCUCUGGAGCCAUUAUGUCAACCCAGUCGAUUGGAAGACCCAACUCGAUUCAUUUUGGAGUUCACCCCACCGACUCCAAUUCCGCCCCUCGCCCUGCCCUCCCGAUCCGCCCCACCUCACCAAACAUUACCUGGCCCAGUUUGUCUCGAUCCUUUACGGCAUCAUCGGACAUGGACUGGCCAGGUUAGCCGAUAUCCAUAACCUCGAAUCCGUAGCCGAAAACCAACGCAGUGGAGAUUCCUCCGCCUCAAGCCCUCCGCGCGAUUACCACCUCUGGAAUCUCAAUCAAGCCGAGAAAAUCUCUCUUUCCAACCGCUGGUUCAGGUUCUCUCUAGGUCUCUUGAUGAGUCCAGAGGGAAACAUCUACGUCAAACCCACAAUCUUCGGCAUCAGAGCCAUGGCCAUCCUGAGUAAUGUCGAGCAUGCGCCCGAAAAUAUGGACCAUGGGAUGAUCUUUUGGUCACUGACUACCAACUUGGCCAUGUCAGCUGGGCUGUUACGUGAACCGCCGAUAACAGAUGAUGAGGAUCAUGAAACUCUCGAUGCAACUGAACUCGAAUCUCGCAGGCAGCUUGCGUGGGCGAUAUUGGGUCUUGAUUGGGCAGGUUAUUCCAUUGCUAGUGGAACGAGGCCAUACGGUGACCUUGAUCAAAUAACUGUCCAGUUCCCUGGCACCGUUAUAUCUGACGCUACACCCCUUCAUCCCAUCGAUGGCUGGCCGCUUGAUCCUUUGGUGUGCCUCCGAAGGUUAGCUGCUCAAAGUGACUGGUUGAUGCGAAAAGCAUCCAUCAAGAUCGCAGGUGGCCGUCUAGCCACUUAUCAAGAUGUGCUCGAUGCCCAGAAGCAACACGAUGAAAUCGAGUCGAAAAUUCCUCCACGACUCCAGAUUAAGAUUACCGAUGAUGGAAAAUCGGUUGAAACCGUAGUGAAGAGCGACCAAUUAUACACCAUUCUGGCCGCCUUCUUGCACAGUCGAUUCUGUGUCCCCCGAGUUCGAUUGCUUCGAUUGUUCAUUUUCCCCAAGGAGGGCAUUUCUCCCGAAGAACGACUUGAACAACUGGAAAUGCUCCUGGUAGUUACGAAACGCCAUUUCUUGGCCAUCCAGCAUUACCCCCACAAUCUGUGCAUGCAUCCUCUCAUACUUUUUGGCCUUAUCAACACAGCUGUUGCUUGUGCUUUGCUUUUGCUGAUAAAUCAUCAAACACAUGAGCUCGUAAUCGAUGAAGAUUUCUAUCUAACCGAACUUCGCAAGAUGAUAGCCAUAUUCGAUUUAGCCAAGAAAACCAUCGCGGUGACUAUGUCUCGAAAAGCUAUCACACUCUUGCAAACUUUGAUCAACCAGGCCGAACUCCUCGCAAAUUCUUCUGAGUCUAAGAGCUGGGAUCGUCGAAAGAAAGGUCCUGGGGCCGCAGUUCAACUCGGUCAAACCUUACAACCUGUGGAUGGCGAGGAUCAAGUGAAGAAACAUAAGCAACAGCCCAAAUUCCCCCCUAAUCCUUACGAACCACCAAAUUUCCGGCCUCUGCCGCAUGGAUUCGGAUUGCCUUCUCAGGAGCCUUCACAGCCGCUGCGGCACGAUCGACAAGAGAGUGGACAAUCUACAAGCCACUCGGUCGGUUCCUCUCAUAGCUUCAUAGCAACUUCGCCGGGAAUGAUUGCUAGUCAUACGAGCUCCAUUGGUGGGAUUAAUCCUUCUGGGAUUGAUGCAAUUGGUGGUUUCUCCGGCCAACCUACCCCACCUUUAGUUUCUUCUCAACCUAGUCAACGACCCGGUUAUUCCACCCAUUCAUCAUCCAGCCAUUUUUCGCCAUCCUGUCAUUACCCAGGCUUAGACCGAUUCGUCAGCAGUCCAUCCUUUCGCCCUCUUGCAAGCUUACCGCGAUAUCAUCAGAUGACCUCGGGUGUUGAGUUUGGCACGAUCGAUGCCAAGUUGGAUAAUUAUCAAUUCGAUUUUCCAACUCUUCAAUCUUCCUCGCAUGGAUAUGGGAAGAGCGGUGGACAGGAAGAAAGUACACACCCGGAUAACGGAGGAGUCAACGUGGAUGAUCGAGCAAGUCUGUUCGGCGUCUUCGACCAGGAGCUGUUGUUUCAACUACCCAAUCUACCUUCGCAGAAGGAGAGCCCAUCGAGUCAACCCCCUGAGCAGCUGUCAAUCAAUCAUACCAAUCUAGAACACUUCCAGCCCACCUUCAAUCUCGACUUCGAGUUCCUUGCUAAUGGCAUCCUAUCCGCGGCCGACUUAGCUGGCCCAGCCGACCCGCGUGCCUUUUCCUUCAACCCUCAUUACGUCCCUCGCAGUGAAAUCAAUCAGUCAAAUUCUGACACGGCCCGUGAUAUCAAUUCCUUAUCUGGACUCAACUUAUACGACAGAAAUGCUCUGCUACAUUGCGACAUGUUAGUCUUCUUACCCCCUCCCUUCUAUUAA